AGAACAUUUUCAGAACUACAGUACGUAGGAAAUCAACCAUUUCUAUGUAGUUUUAACUGAAUAUACCAAUAAACUGAAUGACACCCAAUAAUACUCUAAAUGACUUGGUGAGAUGGCCACUUUUGCCACAUUGUCCUGUAUCUUUUUCCAGCUGUCCAUUUAACCGCUGACCCUCUCUGACCUUGGUUUCCUCCUCACAGCUGCUGCGACCCCUCAACACGCUAGACGACCUGUGCCGACUCAUGCAGUCGUACGUCAACGUACGGCACAGCGCCCAGGGCCACCCGUCAGGUGUCAGCGUGCUGUGCGUGUCCUCGGAGCUGUGUAACCGCCUGGGAGCCUGCCACAUCACCAUGUGUGGCACCGGCAUGCAGAGAUGUACCUUGAAUGUGACACUGGAGCAGGCAAUGAUACUAUCGAGGAACCACGGUCUCAUGCCGCGCUGCAUCAUGCAGACCAUGGACAUAAUGCGCAAACAGGGGCCAAGAGUUGAGCUCUCUGCUAAAAAUCUCAAAGUUAUGGACCAGAUGACUCCAGCAUUCCCAAGGCUCUUCAAGCUGUGUUUGCCACCUUCAGAUGGAGACCUCUAAAGAAAACCGUCACUUCAGCAAGCUUGUCAGAGAAAGGGUGAAUGUGAAGGAUAUGACGAGAGAUGACAUUAACAAAAGAGUGCGAGUCUCACCGGUUUCUGUCCAGGAGAUCCUCCCCCACUGCUCCAUUUUCAGGGAUCAUUCCAUCACGGAUACCACUAGUCUUCUGUGCAGAGUACAGACAAAACAUAACUGUACAAAUGACUAAUGACAGCUACCAGAGAGCAUCUACAGUGAUAAAGACACAGCCUGAAACUCAAGACUAGUCAUAUACUGCUGUUGGAAGCCAACCAGAUAGAAGUGUUAUUGCUUUGCCUGUCUCUCUACACACAUCUGGUGCAAACAUAUUCACAAGUUAAGAGGAGAGGCCAACUUCAGGCAUCACCCAAUGAUUAAGCUCCUUAUCAAACUCAUAUUAUUAACUGGAUUAACCAAACUACCUUUAGUUGACUGUCGUCUUAUGCCUUGGACUGCAACUCCUGUCUCUUUCUCUGUUUGGCUGGUGUUCCCCAGGGCGUAAUGCUGGGACCCCGAGAGAAGUGGAGUACCCUGGUAUUUGACAUAUGUUGGCUGACUGAAUAGCUGUUGAAAGUCAAAGAAUAGACAGAGAGAUGAAAGUAGGGUUUGAUGGAAAGAUGAAAAGACGGAUGAUAGAGGGGGAGGGCUGCUCUUUCUUCAGCCCUUUGCAUGUGGUUACUGUGCAAUUACUGUAGGUUUUAGUGUGGGUACUGUAUUACGGCACUAUAUGAAGGAUAGUUAUUUAUUGUGUCCGGAAGGAGUAUUUUUACCCCUCACUUAUACUAUAUCAGGUAUUAAAGAAUCUAAAAGCAUUCCAUCCUACGUAUUGAACAGUAUUUAAAGGACCAAUGGCAUGCCUUUUUUUAUUUUUUAUUUUUAAGACAUAACUGCUUGUGUGUGUGUUUUUUUAAAUAUAUUGACACGUCAUAUAACGUCAGGAAGUGUUACAUUCAGGGAGAGCAAAAGGAGGGAAGAGGAGCAGAAGCUAGCUAAUCCGAAUAAGGACAAAGGAAGCUAAAUCAAACCAUACAAGGCUGCUUUUCAUAAGCACACACGAUCCAACAGGUUAUUAAAUUAUUAAUAUAUUAAUUCAAAAUGUGUUAGUUGAAGGAUUGCCUUCUGUCAACUAAGACAUUAUUUUGAUUUUUUUUUUUUAUUGGUUUUUACAUUGUCUGGGAACUGUUGUAUUUACUGUAGGUAUUCAAAAAGCACAAUGAUUGGUCCAUUCAAGUGUUAGCAAAAAGUACUGUAAGCAGUUUGUGGGUGACGUCAACAAAGGGAUGGUUUCAGAGCUGAAACACAGUAACAUUAUUUUACAAAAUAUUUUAAGUUGUACAUACAAACUGUAGCAAAGUCAGAUAAUAAUAUAAAGGAUAUGUCUGAUUAAUGCUAUAAGUGAAAUGUGAUUAUUAUUUUUAUGGAGUAAUACAUUAAUUGUGAUCAUGACUGUGCAUUUUGAAGAGUUUCUCUUUGCUGAGCGUAACCUCACUGACAACUCUUUGACUGUUAAAAAGGUUGGACAUGACUCUGUCUGGACAUGCUGCACUCAUUAGGCAGAUCACUUAGUCCUUUUUAUUUAUUGAAAAGCAAUCGGAGCAUGUGAGAAUAGUCUCCCCACAUCCCUCGGCAGUAGCAUGGCCACUGUCCAUUUCAACCCUCUGUUGGCAUGUAAGACUCAGCGGAUAUUUCUCCUUCCCCCUCAUCAAAUGUGCUCUUAGUCCGAGCAGUGUAUAUUGUAUAAAAAUCCCAGAAUGCAGCAUUUAUUACCAUAAUCUAGUUUGACGUGUUUUACCAGUUUAAAUUAGCUAAUGACUGCAGCAUGUUGGUGUAGCUGGACAAACAAUCAUGUCACUGAUUACACUUUUAUUUACAUUAUUCUAAUGUUUUUGUAUAUACUUUAUUUGCAAUUUUUAUGUUGCUUGAAAAUAACUG